CCAUACCAGUGUCCUUAUCACCCCAUAUGCCAUACCAGCGUCCUUAUCACCACCCAUAGCCCAUACCAGUGUCCUUAUCACCCCAUAUGCCAUACCAGCGUCCUUAUCACCACCAUAGCCCAUACCAGCGUCCUAUUCACCACUAUACCCCACACCAGAGUCCUGAUCACCGCCAUACCACAUACCAGGAUCCUGAUCACCACCAUACCCCAUACCAGCGUCCUGAUAACCGCCAUACCCCAUACCAGCAUCCUGAUCACUGCCAAACCCCAUACCAGUGUCCUGAUCACUGCCAUACCCCA